UAUUUCUAUUUCUUUCGACUUAUGACUUAAAAAAAAGAUAUUAACAAAUCAACUUGCGCCGGAGAAAAAAUGACAGUUAUCUUGACAAAGAUGACCACUUUGAAUAAAACAUGCUUCAAACAUCCAUUACUUUAAGCUGCUACGUAGCAAACAUCCGCAGGGUUGCUUUGUACCUUUUGACGUAAGUGCUAUCCCAUUACAAAAAUAAUUUCAUUAGCAAGAGAACUGAAAAGCUAAAUAUUUCGAAGCUUAACGGUUUCACGCAAAAGAAAAGUAAAAGCUAGAAAAUUCCAAGGAAAAUUUUAUGAACACGAUACGGGGCAAUUAACACCGAAAAAAAAGCAAUUUCGAAACAUCUGUCUAUUUGUCUUUCAACUUUCAACUGUACAAACACGAUAUCUUUGGUGUCUUCAAGGGUUUUUUUGUCCAUCUUCACGUUUUUGUCCAUCUUCACAUAAUAUUGACAAAUGAAGAACUUAAAUUAGAACCAACUACCGUGCCUGUGUUUUGAGGUAGGACAUAAAAUGGCUCGCUCAUGUGCGAGCGAACGUAAGAGUUAUGAGAAUACAAUUAACACUUCUCCAAGGCUAGUUUAUACACCAAUCGAGACAUGUUUGUCUGCGAGAGAAAUCCUGCUUCCGCCCCGAGAAAAGAAAAGUCAAAUAACAAAUAGAAUAAAAUGCGUGGUUGUCUCGAAAUAAACAGAUCAAUACGUGAUCUUUUGACGAUGGUGUAGGAACCCGUAACAAGAAGGCAUAAAAUUUCACGUAUAUAGUGCAUAGUCACAUUUUCGACCCUGUUAGGAGAAACGUCUUAUCGCCAAAUCACUUCUCUCAAUGGUUGUACUAAAGGAAAGGUUGUACUAAAAAAUAGAACAACACUGAAAAAAAAUUCCAUCAAAACGAACAAAGUAACGAACAAUGAACUCGUUCAAAAACGAAACUUUGCUCGCGCAGCGUAACACUUCUUAUUCAGAUCCUGGCAACUUGACUUCGGUCCUUCACGCCACUGUGAUCAUUUUUAUAAUGGUUGUAAUAAUUGUUGGAAACGUUCUCGUUCUACUUGUGAUUUACCGACAAAGAACCCGAGCGAGUUCGCGCGCGGCCAACAUGUUUAUCGCCAAUCUCGCGGUGGUGGAUCUGUCCAUUGCAUUGUUGCUAUUUCCCUUCUCCAUGGUCACGAUUUUGCUGCAACGAUGGGUUCUGGGGGAUGCGGCCUGCAAGUUUAAUGGCGCUACUAACAUGACAGCGGGAGCAGCUUCCAUACUCACCAUGGCGGUUAUAAGCAUAGACAGGUAUCAAGCUAUUGUAUCUCCUCCAGGUCACAAGUUGACCCUCAAACAAGCCUGGGUACUACUGACUCUAACAUGGGUCUGGUCCAUAAUCAUUGGCGUCCUCCCAGUCCUUGGUUGGAACGAGUACUCCCACACCGCUCUCAACACCAUGUGUAAAAUUUCCUUCACCGAGGGCCGAGGCUACAUUUUGUUGGUAAUCGUCACGUGUUUCAUGAUUCCGCUGUUCGUAAUGUUUUACUGCUACUUGCGAAUUUUCUUGAAGGUUCGAACCCACAAGAAGCAGAUACAACGGUGGAAUCACAACUCAGACGCGCAGAGAAAUUUUAGGCGCGAAACCAAAACGGCGCAAGUCGUUUUCACGGUGCUUUUUGUUUUCAUCGUGUGUUGGAGCCCGUUUGUUCUCGUGCACUUUCUCCAGUCCUUUCCAACUAUCAACAUUUCACGGGCUGUGUUUCAUUCCGUUACUCUUAUCGCGGGCUUGCAUUCAGCCAUUAACCCGAUCAUUUACACUACAAUGAACAGAACAUUUCGUAACGAAUUGCGCCAAGUCUGCCCGUGCGCGCUAUGCGGGCAUGUCACGUGCUUUGCAAGAGAUAAUCUUGUUCGGCCAAUCAACCUUGAUAGUAGUGUCACGCUACGAUCAUGAAGAAUAAAGUAACGCUGUAGCGUUACAUUAGGGUAACGAGACUGUGACGCUGGGUUCGUCAGGAGGGACAUACUAACUUUGAUAAUGAGGUGGAGCGAAACGUUAACGCUAUAAAGUUACUAUCAUAAGGAGCUACUAUCAUAAGGAGCAUAAUGUAACUUCAAGAAGUAUUCUCGGUAGAAGGUAACGCAACCCUGGACGCUACAAGCGUCAGGAGAAUCGUGAUGCAAGGCUGUAACGCGGACAACUAUGACACCAGUUUGCUGUAUUGUAAUUUAGUUACUAUAAGUAAAUCAAGAAUCAAAAAAAUUUGGCUGUACGUAAUGCGCCCAUUUGCUUCUUGUCACAGUGUGGCAGGGAAAUUUUGUCCAAGAAGUAGCAAACACCUCA